CCUCUUUUUCCAAUCAUGCAUGAGAGAUUCGUACAUAAUGCAACAUGAGUUUGACUUGAGGUCUUCCGCCAGACGUAAUGAAAUAAGCUGACAGCUCGUGUAAGAAAACUCGCAUUGGGAACUUUAAGUCUCAGAGUUUUGAUCAUGGAGGCGACAGGAAAAUAUGACUUCAGUGCUUCAGCGGAGGAUGAGCUGAGCUUCAGGAAAGGAGAUAACAUCAAGGUUUUAGCUACCAAUGACAACUGGUUCCGAGCAGAAAUAAACGGCAUGGAAGGAUUUGUCCCGCAGAAUUACAUCAUCACACACUUCCCCAGCUGGUUUCAGGAGAACAUCAGCCGGCACGCCUCAGAGGAGAAACUGAUGUCUCAGCCAAUCGGAUCCUUCCUCAUCCGCGGCUCACAGAGUUCACCAGGAGACUUCUCUAUUUCAGUCAGACAUGAAAAUGAUGUUCAGCACUUUAAGGUGAUGAGAAGCAAAAGCGGGCAGUAUUAUCUCUGGGACGAGAAGUUCAGUUCCCUCAACAAACUGGUGGAGUUUUACACCCACAACUCCAUUUCCAAACAGAGUCGUGUGUUUCUGCUGACAGAACAGCGGAGUCCAUCAGAUGUUCCACACAGAAAUCCUGCACAACCAUCGGCCUUCUCUCAGGGAAGACCCAACAAUUACAGGGCACCAGCCCUGCCCCUGCCCCGCCCACCUGACCCUCAACCCCUUCCACAGUCGUCUAUGACGUCAGUUCGAGCCAUGUUUGACUUCACUGCAGAAGAUCCAGAUGAGCUGAACUUUCGCACUGGAGAUCUUAUUGAGGUUCUAGAUCAGUCGGAUCGUUUCUGGUGGAAGGGUCGUCUGCGUGGAAGAACCGGACUCUUUCCUGUCAAUUACACAAAUCCUGUUUAAAGCUCAUCACACAUGAAGUAAACAUCUGCAUCUAUCAGAGGAUAUACAAACACGCCGAUGAUUCAUAUUGUUUUAUAUUAAACUUCAGAACAUACAGAGAGAUGUAUUUAACAGCUGAGCAUUCACACAUCAUCAUAAAACAUCCAAAUGAUCUUUGAAAUGAUCAGGAUUUCUGCAUAAAAUGUUCCCAAAACAUGAUUUAAAGUGUUCUACUAUUUUUACUGUCUUCAUUAAUGUUCCUAGUUUUGAUGUGAACAAGUUAUGAAGUUCAUAUUCUUUAUUAUUUACAGUCAAAUAAUCCCAGUUCAGAAAUACAAAACAAAUGAACUUCUCAAAAAGCUUCACUCUUCUGGGCGGUUUUUGCAAUGACUAUUAAUUCAUCUGCAUUUCAGAAGGGUCUUUGUUUGUACAGUUAAUUCUUUUCACAAGUUAAAAUAUUACAAACAAAUGGAACAUGUUUUGAUGUUUGCCUUUGUGUUAGUCUGUUCUUUAAUGACGUCAACACAACAUUUGAUUGGAAGGAAAACAACAGCACAAAUGACUCAGUAAAGAAUGUGAUGAUGUCUUGUUUCGUACAAUUGCAAAUGAUUUCCCUCAGUUUUGAUGACAAGGAUUAAAGGAUCAC